UUAAAUGGAUGUAUAAUACUGUAUCAAAUGUAUCUUUGGACCAAUAAUGUGUGUAUCAGGAAUUACAUUUUUGACCCUAACAUUGAACUUAUGUGUGUCACACUUAGGCCUUACUACUUUCCUAGAGAGCUAAGUCACACUUAGGCCUUACUACUUGCCUAGAGAGAGUUCACAUUCACACUAAGGCCUUUCUACUUGCCUAGAGAAUUAACCAUCACACUCAGGCCUUACUACUUGUCUAGAGAGUUCACAGUCACACUUCUAAAGGCUUUCCUGCUUGCCUAGAGAGUUCACAGUCACACUUAGGCCUUACUACUUGCAUGGAGAGUCUACAGUCACACUUCAAAAGGCUUAUACUGCUUGCCUAGAGAGUUCACAGUCACACUUAGGCAUUACUACUUGCCUAGAGAGUUCAGUCACAUUUAGGUCUUACUACAUGCCUAGAGAUUUCACAAUCACACUUUAGCCUUGUAACUGCUUGCCUAGAGAGUUCAUAGUCACACUUAAGCCUUGUAACUGCUUGCCUAGAGAGUUCACAGUCACAGUAAGGCCUUACUACCUGCCUGGAGAGAUAGUAGUCACACUUAGGCCUUACUACUUGCCUAGAGAAUUCACACAGGUUUGUGUUGUUGUUGUGUACAUACCUUGAUGGCUGACAAAGCGAUUGUGAUGGACAUAAUUUUUGAUGUGCUUCACAAUGUAGAAUCAAAACACCCAGACUCUGCUCUUUUUGUAUCAUAACUGGAGAUUUCAACAACCUGUCUAUUGACAACACACUUCCAAAAUAUAGCCAGUACAGUCAUGUGACCUCCCCACAAGAUGGGUCUUUUCUGAAAACUGGCUACCAUGCAGACAGUUCACCCAGGAGGAAGUCAUUUGACAUAGCGGCAGACAGACGCCCUUCUGUGAUUAAUUCCUUCAUUAGUAGGAUUACAUUGCCUGCCAUGAAAAGGUCUGACCAAAAAACUACUGCAAGUAAAGGUCUCUCAAAAGUAACAGCUCGUGCCAGCCCGCUAAUGGGCAAGAAGUCUAUACUAGCUCAGGAAACUAGUGCUGGCUCAACAGUUUCUGGACUGACAGUUAGUAGUGGCAGCCAGUAUGAGGAAAGCACACUGACCAGUUCAGAUGACAUGGGGGUUGACAAUGGCAGUGACCCAGGAGUGGAUGAAGUAGAUGGAGUGGAGAACAGUGCCCGUACAAAACAAGCUGUGGAGACACUUCAGGCCAAGAUACAAAAGACUAAGGAUGCCAUCAGGAAGGAACAGAACACUAAAGAAGCUAUUGUGAAUGAAUAUCUUCAAAUGGCUUCUGACAAACAGCCUACAGCAAGGAUAAAGGCUUUAUUUGAGAAGAAGAACCAAAAGUCGGCCAUGAACAUUAACCAGUUGCAGAAGAAGUUGGAGAACUACCAACAUCGUUUGGUGGAAAUAGAGACUCAUGGUUACACUGGACACAAACAAGCUAAGGAGGUGUUGCGUGAUGUUGGUCAAGGCUUAAAAAAACUUGGUUCACUUAGCUCCAGAACUACCAUUGUAUCAAAGCCAAAAGAGUUUGCCCAUUUGAUCAAGAACAAAUUUGGCAGUGCUGAUAAUAUCAAUCAACUAAGUAAGUUUUAUGUAGAAUUAGAAGAAACUAGUGGAGCAGAAGCCAGUAUGGAUGGAAAGUCUGGGGGAACUUUACCUGCAAGCUUCAAGUACACCAGUGAUGAUGAAACCUCAAGCAUUACAUCUGGAUCUGGCCUCAAUGCCACCCAUAGCUCUCCACACCAUGCCCAACAACAGCCUUCACUAGUCAGUGCUAAACUAUUAGAGCCUCUAACAGAAGAGAUGAAUCAAGUCAGAGAAACCUCCAGAAAGGUGAAUGACAUACUUCUUCGACUGGCUGAAGAAUUUGAAGACUAUAAGAAAACAAUGGACAAUGAGGUAGAAAAACUACGAAGUCAGUUGGAGGAAGAAAAAUUUAAAGUUGAGCGUCUUGAGGAGCAACUGAAUGAUCUCACUGACCUUCAUCAGAAUGAAGUCAUCAAUUUGAAACAAGAUUUAACAUCUAUGGAAGAAAAAAUUGAAUACAGAUUAGAUGAACGCACAACUGACCUGUCUGAUUUAGUGGACAAUGCCUCCACAAGGAUCUCUAGGCUAGAACAAGUGCAACAGCAGCAACAGAUUCUGUCCAUGGAGAUGGUGGAGAAUGCUACUUUCAGGACCAUCAUUUCAAAACUGAUUAAUGUUGUUCUUGCCAUCCUGGCUGUUAUUUUAGUCUUGGUUAGCACAGCGGCCAGCUUUUUAUCUCCCUUUUUAAACUCAACGCCAAGGUUGGUUUUGUCUGUUCUGGCUACUAUUACAGCAUGGCUAGUGUACCAACAUUACAGCUCUCUUCAAACUAUGACCUUCUCCCUCUGGACAUUUUUUUCCUGGCCAUGGAGCUGAUCAUCUGUUUGAUUUAGGCCAAUUGACUUGUCCAUGACACACAUUUCAGCCAUAAUGAUUGAAAUCUUUCACCCCAUAAUGGUAAUAACCUUUUAGUUGUGAAAGUAAACAUUCAGCCAUGAUAAGUCUUUUAUCAUGUAUGGUAAAGACCUUUCAACUGUGAUGCUAAAGACAUUUCAUCUGUGAUGGUAGAGACCUUAAAGCAAUGAUGGGUGAGAUUAAACAGCCAAGAUGUUAAAAACCUAAACAGUAUUGAACAAUCUGCCUGAUACAUGAUUUUGUUUGAUAUUCAGACUUGUAUGAGACCAAGUCCUACUCACUUUGAAGGUGAUAUGUAAAGUAUCUAGGACUAAUAUGUCUGAACUAAUAUGUAGCCUGAGUUCCUUCCACCAAAACAUAUGUUCAUGUUGGUAGUUUUUAUUGUGCUUUUUUGAUGUGCUGACAUUGCUAGAAGAUGUUAAGAAUAGGAAUGUCUAGCUGGACAUUAGUCACUUUUAACUAUAAAUAUGAUUAAAAAAAAAGAAGUACUUUUGUGUGUGAAUGUAGAUUUAUAUUUUGGAAUAAAUCCUGGUCAACGUUAUUGAGAAUAGUCAAGUCACAUCUGACGUCUUUUAGAUUUGGCCUGUGGUCAAGUAGUAACUGAACUUUGACUAUUUUGAAAAUGAGUAUUCUCUGAAUUAUUAUAUAUAUCAGAUCUACUUUUCUGCUAUGGUCACUGAAUAACUGUUGUGUGAAUAUUAUUUUCCUUUUCCCAAUACUUUUAGAACUUGUCCAAUGGUAGACAAAGUGUAAAUAAUCUUUGGAUAGAUUAUUUCAUUGAUAAUUGGUUACUUGUAGAACUGACUACUAGUCAAUUAGGGUAGAAAUAUUUCUGAAUGGUCUUGUUAAACUGGAUAUUGAUCAAAAGCAUUUUGAAAAAUUAGCUGGCUUUGUCCUGGCCUCUGGUCAUAAGCCUCUGGUCAUCUGAAGUUGAAAUAAUCUUUUAGAAAGUAAAUGUUUUACUUUAGGUUGAUUACUUAUACAUUCUGCCACUGGUCAGGGUUAUUCCAUUGAAGUGGGCACUGAUCAAAUGUGAAUUGAUAUUAUUAUCUUCUGUAAUGCAUGUGUUAAACUUUAUACUGAUAAAUAGUUCAAUAAAUAUUCCAACCAUGGUAACUACUGACCACUGGUCAGCUAGAAUUACUCUUGAAUCAGACAGACUCAUCCCCUGAUGCAGAUAUUAUUGAUCUAGUUAUAUAAUGCUCUUAAUGUUUUAUUCUCUGUCCCUUGUUCAAAAACCAACAAAUGGUCCAGAAGUAAGUGACCAUCAGUUUAUCCAUGGUAGAAGUAAGUGACCAUCAGUUUAUCCAUUGUAGAAGUAAGUGACCAUCAGUUUAUCCAUUGUAGAAGUAAGUGACCAUCAGUUUAUCCAUACUAGACUUUGUACUUAGGAACUAAUAUUUGCUUCUAGGUUGGUUUUUAUUUUUGAUGUUGCCUUUGUUUUAUUAAAUUGUUUUUUGUUUGUUUGUUUUUUUUUAAGCUAUUGGGAAAUGUUUUUAUUUAAUAAUUUAUAUACAAAUAAAAUUGACAAAAUAUUUUGA